AUGUCAUCCAUAUCAUCAUCAUCAUCAUCAUCAUCAUCAUCAUCAUCAUCAUUACGAAAAGCAUCUUCAUCUCAUCAACGAGUAGAUGUAUAUUCUAUUCGCGACAAUCCAUUGACUUAUGUACAACAACUCAAAUCAACACCACUUUCAGAUAUCCGAAAUGAUACUUCGCAUAAGAGACGAUAUCCUCACACAGCAUCUUCAUUCAAUGAGAUUGGUGUCGGCACACCUGUUCCCUCCAAACGCUUUCGGCAUCAACCCUACGACACUGAAAAUGACAAUGACCGCCCCGUGAAUCAUCAACAAACACCAUCCACCACCACACCACAACCGCAGCCUGAUUCUUCAGAAAGACAUCCACCAUCAUCAUCUUCAUCAUCAUCCACAACGCCGCCGUCAUCCAAUACAAAAUCCAUCCCACCCAAAAAAGUAGCCAACGAACACCACAAGCUUCGAUCUGAUUAUGCUUAUCGACGAGCGUCGUUACAAGUUCCUCUUGCUAUGGAUGCACCUGUUGCUAUAGGAGAGACACCAACACCCAGAGACAAAGAAAAGGAAUUCUGGAGACGACAGCGACGUGUUUUUGUGCGAAGCCGAUAUAUCACCAACGAAGAAGCAGCAGACGUAGCCAAUGGCAUUCACAUUGAUCAACCUAUAGACCCCAACGAUCGUAUCAUAAUAUCUUGCCAGGGUAACAUUGCAAACUUUCGAUCGAAAUGGCGCAAGCUGGUGAAGGAGCAAGCCAACACCUUAGGCUUUGGCAGACCUCAAGUUGUGGGAGGCUCGGCUCGUUUAGAGAAUAACGUGACACCCAAGGUGAAUCGACGUGUGGUGGAAGCAGUAUGGGGAUAUUGGUUAUCACUACCCUAUGUCGAUGCGAAGGAGUUUUAUGCAACACAACCCGAUCAAGUGGCUGUAUUGAAAUCGACCACCAUCAAAGCCAUCUGCAUUGCUCUCAAGUACAAGCACAAGCUUAUCAGUGAACGUGAAUUUCGUAAACAACUCGAUGACCUCGAUAAAUACACUCGCAAUCUCGCUCUCUGUUAA